AUGUCACCAACGUACAACGCAGAAGAUGCCGUUUUCCGCGUCAUGCACACUGCGAAAGGCUUCCAGCUCUAUCAUCCCCAACAAAAAUGUUACUUAGCGACUACAUUCCGUUCGUUUCCGAACUAUGUAGGUAUUAAUGACACCAUGCUACAUGAAGUUCAUCUGGAACUCGAGGUUGCUUGUGUGCAACAAGCCAAUUCCCGAGCCUCAACGCUGUACAUUGUGGAUGGAUACCAAGACCUCAUUCUCGAUCAGUCGGAAUCUCUCUUGCAGCCGCUGGAAUAUCAUUUGAAAAGGGGCGCUGCAGUCAUAGAGUCUAUGCGGCGGCUUGCAACCUUCCGAAAGCUUCAUCACUAUCUGCAGGACACACCAGACGAACUACUUCACAAGCCUUGCCGUGAAAGCGAAGUGUCAACACCUCUGCUCACUGUAGUGAUCCCAGUGUUGCUCAUUAUUGCUCUGUGUUUGUUUAGGCAGCGGACAGGAAAGAGCCUCGAAUUCUGGUCGUCUCGAAGGGGACAACAACUCUGUCUCCUGUUCGCGCUGUUCAUGAUGCACACAGUUGAUGGUUCUUGUUCUUCGCAGUGUUCGAAAUGCUUGACAUUAUGUGUGUUUGCUGCAUUGUGCUAA